AUGUAACCAACCAAAGAGAAAGAGAUUUUUUCAAAAGGAUUUAAGGAAUUUUUACUUUAUUAAAGGUGCUUCCUUACCCUUAAAUCAUAUUAAGUUUAAGCAUUUCAUCACUUUGGAGAUUAAAUCCAUAGUAGUAGAAUACAGAAUAAAAAAUAGUUAGAGGAUGGAAUUUCUAUUAAAUUCUCUCAAAUCAAGACAUCUAAAGAACCUAGUACAUCCAUCUAAAAUCCUUGUAAGUAAAAUUUAUACACUUUUAAUCUAACUUUGCCAUCCUCAUCUAAGAAUGGAUGCAUCAAUUCAUUUAUUUGA